AUGGUGGCCAGCUUGGCAGGUCUACGGUUCCUGUUGAUGAUAUUGUUGUUCUGCGGGAUCAGGUACGGCGCCUGCAGCCAGGAAGCUCCGCAGGUCCUGGGGCUGCGGCUGGAAGACCCGGCGGGCCUGGUGUGCAUGAAGAAAAGGAUCAUCUCGGCGCCAGAAGGAGCCACGUUCAAGCUCCGUCUCUUCGGGGUUGUGAAUGGAAGCUGGCCGUGGGUGGCGUUCGCAGCUGGCGGAGCGGCCGGGGCGAUCGGCGAUGCGCCGGAUCCGUGUGGACAGGAGCCCAACCGCCGGAAGUCUGCCUUCCAGGUGACGGGGAACUUUGAGAAGGACGAGGAGUACAGCGGGCUGCUGACGGUGGAGGUCCGGCGGGGGAGCAUCUCCGGGGGCGAGGAGAACUACCACCACCUGUGCGUGCUGAGCGAAGGGGAAUGGGCAUCUGUGGGCCCGGACAGACUGCGGGUAAACACCGACAGGGGUCUGCCCGCAGAGUACAUCCCUCCGUGGGGUCUGGCCGUGCUGAUCGUGCUGCUGCUGCUGGUCUGCGGGCUGCUGAGGACCGUGAACCUGAGCCUGCUGUGGCUGGACCCGGUGGAGCUGUACGUCCUCCACAGCUGCGGCUCCGAGGAGGAGAAACGAGCCGCCAAACGUCUGGAGCCCAUCAGGCGGAGGGGGAACUUUUUGACAUGUUCUCUGCUGUUCCUGUGUGUGGUGGGACACUCCGUCCUGGGUAUCCUCCUCUACCGGGCGCUCGGCUCCAUCGUCUCCGCGCUCUUCACCAGUGGCAUCCUCAUCUUCUUCCUGGCUGAGUUGGCUCCUCACAUCAUCUGCUCCGGUUAUGGCUUCCAGCUGGCGCCGGCUUUGACCUGGCUGGCCCAGGUUUGCAUGGUGAUCACCUGCCCCCUGUCCUGCCCCCUGGGGCUGAUCCUGGACCUGGGGCUGAGGAGGGACAUCAGCACCUGUGGGAUCAGAGAGAGGGCCAUGGAGAUGAUCCGGACGAGUGUCAAUGACCCGUACAGUGAGUUUGUGAAGGAGGAGUUCAGCCGGGGGACGCUGCGUACCAAGACGGUGGAGGACAUCCUGACUCCCCUGAAGGACUGCUUCAUGCUGCCCAGCUCAGCCGUCCUCGACUUCUCCACCAUGUCGGAGAUCAUGCAGAGCGGAUACACCCGGGUGCCCAUCUACGAGGAGGAGAGGUCCAACAUCGUGGAAAUCCUGUAUGUGAAAGACUUGGCUCUGGUGGACCCCGACGACUGCACCCCCAUGACGACCAUCACCAAGUUCUACAACCACCCGCUGCACUUUGUCUUCAACGACACCAAACUGGAUGCCAUGCUGGAGGAGUUCAAGAAAGGCAACUCUCACAUGGCCAUCGUCCAGAAAGUGAACAACGAGGGGGAGGGGGAUCCUUUCUACGAGGUGCUGGGAUUGGUCACCUUAGAGGACGUCAUCGAGGAGAUCAUCAAGUCGGAGAUCCUGGACGAGUCCGACGGCUACUUGGACAUGAAGGUUAAACGUCCCCUUGCUCCGCUGGAGAUUCCUCUGGAGCCUCGCAGCGUCCACGAGGAGUUUUCUCUGUUCAAGCCUCCUGAGGGAGAACCCAAGAUCCGCACUUCGCCACAGCUGCUGCUCGCCACGCACCGCUUCCUAUCCAGAGAAGUGGAGCACUUCAGCCCAGUGCGAGUGUCUGAGAAGGUGCUGUUCCACUUGCUGCGCCACCCCAGUGUCAACCAGGAGGUGCACUUUGACCCCAGCAACCGUCUGAGCCCGGGACACUACCUGUACACCCGCAAUCACCCAGUGGACUACUUCAUCCUGCUGCUGCAGGGUCGUGUGGAGGUGGAGAUCGGCAAAGAGGGGCUGAAGUUUGAAAAUGGGGCGUUCACAUACUACGGCGUGUCUGCUCUGACGCUGCCGUCUUCAGUGCAUCAGUCUCCAGUGUCGACCCAGCGUCACUCUCCCAGGGAUCUGUUCGAGUCAGCAGAGGCCACCAGCCCGUCCAGCUAUUGUCCUGACUACACCGUCCGAGCUCUCACUGACCUGCAGCUCAUACGGGUAACACGUCUGCAGUAUCUGAACGCUCUCAUGGCAUCACGCGUUGGCCAGAGUCCAGAUCCUCCUGAGAUCAAGAUCCUGCCCAACAGCCAGACCAAGCUGCUCAACGACAGAAACACCACACAAGGUGGCAGCGGAGUCCAGGAGAGCUCCACAGAAGAGGAGGCUCAUGGGUAGUGCAGUUUCUGUCUGCCCGCUGUAAAAACACCACCACCACAACAAAAAAAACCCUGCAACAAAGUAUAGAUUUUAGUUUGUUUUUAUUGACAAAUCAUCUAUGGCUGGAACGUAGUUAUUGGGCAAGACUGGAGUGAGAGUGAUUUUAUUUGUCUGUUGUGUAGAUCCUCUGCUCACACUUCUCAUCUCCAUCUCCAUUCCUUCAUGUGCUUUCCAUUGAAUUCUUAUUUUAUGUUGUUUUAUACUCUUUGGACUAUAUUUAUAAUAUAAAUAAACAGAAAUAUAGCGUGGCAAGAGACAGUAUGUAAACCCAUUGAAAUGAUCCAAUUUUCUGCAUUUAUUUGUCAUAAAAUGUUGCCUAGUAUUCAUCUAAACCACAAGUAUAGACAAAUACAAUGAACUUCAGCUCAUAAGAUACAAUUCCAGCAUUUCAUGUUCUUUACUGUAACUUUAAGACAAAUUUAAACUGCAGAUCAUUCUAACGGGUCACUUGCUGUUUCUUGCCACUGUAUAUAGAUAUGCUUUAUUUUUAUUUGGCGGUGCCUUUCUUCCAGGUUUGACCUUCCGUAUUAAACUCAUUGCAUUGCCAUUCCUCACUUUUUGCCUGUCUGAGUGCCAAAGCUACAUGUGUGAUUUCUAUGUGUGUGUUGUCUUGUGCGUACCGAAGCAUCCGUCCGUUUAAGACACUAAAAAGUUGGUUCAAAGCAAAUUUGCACAUUAACUCUGUGCACUGUGGGUUAAGCAUUAAGCUAUUUGGAAAGAUGUGAGGUACGUCCAGAUUUUUAUACCUUCAUCUCACAUUGCUGUCAAACACACAGGCGUUGCCAAAAACUAAAAGUUUAGCUUUGACCUAUCAGUGGCUGAUCGGCGUGGAUGCUGUAAGUUAGAGAACAAGUAGGGAGAGGACUUUCAAGUGGCUGAGGGACUGCUUCCACAACCUUUUACUGGCUGGCAGGGCUGCAACAAAUGAUUGCUUUCACUUUGAAGUAAUCUGUUGAUUCUUUUCUUGAUUAAUCGAUUAGAUGUUUGGUUUCUAAAAUAAUGUCAAGAGGACAAAUGUCUUGUUCUGUCCACAAAGAUAUUCAGGUUACUGUCUUGCAGGAGAAAAGAAACUAGAAAAUGUUCCAUUUAAGAACACAUUUAAGAUAUUUUUUUAAUUAAUCAAACUAAAUAACUGGCAGAUAGUUUAAUAGGUGACAACUAAUCGAUUAAUUAAUUUUUGCAGCUCUACUAGUAAGACUUCAGAUAGAUGCUGCACCAAGCAGCCUUGUUCUUGAAGUCGGACUGGUCAACGUGAAUUCUGGGUAAAUUCAGACUUUGUUUGCAUUCCAACUUCCAUACUAACAUACUGUAUAAUAUGCCAUGAUCAAAUUUAGUUUGUCCCAACAAAUAGUAUGUAAAAUGCAAUACAUCCAAAAUACCUAAAUAUCCUACAACAUUUGGUCACAUUUUGCUGUGUGCAAGCCAGCAUAUUUUCUGGCCAUUAUGACCCACAAUCCUCUGCACAGUUACGUGACAUACAGUAUGUCACAGUGUCAGUUUUAAGCAAGCAUUUAGCUGAGGUCAACACCUCGAGAUGACAGGUCAUUUCACAAUGUGAUGGUUAAAGUUUAAGGCGCAAUAUAUUGACAAAGUAGUAUGUCACAAUUUUAUCCAUACUGCAUGAAACAGGACGUACUCUGUGAAGACAGCUGUAGUGUGAACUGAAAGCAAAGGGAUAAAGUAUGCAAUUUGGAAUGCAGCCUUUUUCUUACGUUCAGCCAUUGGGAAGAAUUAUGAGACCUUUUCAUUCAGUGAAGAGUAAAAAAGCAAAAACUCUCCUUCAGGAAUUACUUUUGGAAAGGUGCAUUGAUUCUUUCAUGUUUCAUGGUGUCAUGCAAGACAGUGGUGUGACUUAAAUGUUCACUGCAUCAGAACUUAUUCAGAAAAAUGUGUUUCCAUCUCCAGCUCAUUAUCUUGUUUUAGAAAAAGAAAAUUAAGUGAGCAUCAAAAACUGUUUUUGGGAAGCAAUUAGAAGUUUUUUCAAAUGUUGCAGUUCCCAUAAACUUCUUCUAAAGCGACACCUUGCACUUCAAAAUGCAAAUAAAAAUACGUUACAGAAACACAGCUACUGGGCAUAGUGGCUUAUUUUCAUUUUUGUGAAGCUAGAUAGUGGUUUGACUCCCUGUUUGACUAUGUAAAUAUUUUAUGAAAGCUAAUUUGGCCACCACUGUCCUCCCAAGCAGCUUUAACACCAGGAUGUAUCUACCGAGACACUCGCGAGCUGUGUUUCCAUGACAUAUUUUUAUGCACACUUUGAAGUAUCGCAUUAGGAAAUGUUGGCUUUAAAUUUGCUUGACAAUGAUAUGGAAAGAAUAUUAUCACAAUUAUCUAAGCAUGUAACACGGCAGUGAAUCUGUGGUCCAGUAGAGGGCUCUACAGAUCUGAUCUGUGUAACUCAAACAGUGCAACUGGAAGUCAGAUUAACUGUAAAAUGUGGUCAGAUUCAGUAGUUAAACAUUCACGUGUGUCUGAGGAGAUUCAGAGCUCGACCCUAAAGUACCUUGUCAGUCAUGUUGGAGUUGUUUUAACAUUCCUCUGCAUGUUCACGUCUGUUUGUUUUGCCUAUGAAUUGGUGUGUGAGUAUAACAUGCAAUGAUAUUUCACUAGUACAUAUCAGCAAGAAUCCAGUCUUCACUCUAUUACUCAUAUGGUAUAGUCUUAUGUGCAUUUCAGGCAUCUGUCAGUCAUUAUUGCAUGUGUGUAAACAUGUGGAAAAUGUCAAAAAUGUCAGGCCUCUGAAUAACCCGUGUUCCCUGAUAUUCAUAGGAAAAGGACAAGACAAACAAAACCAGUGUUUUAACGGAAAGGGUUGGAUUGUUUCAAGUCUAUCUUAAUGAAACAGUCACAUGAAGCCAAAUGAAGGUUGAUUAGUUCAUUCUGUCCUACUACACUGUAAAACGUGUGGGAUUAAAUAAUAUCUACAGUCCUUGUUCUGUGCAAAAAUGCAAGUGAACGUGAGGACAAACCACAUCACACUCCCAGGAGACAAUGGUUAAGGUACAGAGUUAUCACUUUUGGAUCCUCUUUCCCAGAAAGCUGCGCUAGAGAUUUAUGAAGACCUGCAAAAACAUGGCAUCACAAAGGGGAUUCAAGGCGUUGUUCGGGGGUCCCACAUGCAGUUUGGCUGGAAUAUGAGCCCCAACAGUCUUAGUUUGCCAAAUGAAGUUGGUAGUCAGUGUUACGUCAAAGUAGGCUUCCCUACCGACCUGUGUUUCCCCUCAGUCUGAAGCUGCAUUCUGGGUCUACACAAGCUACUUGUUGAAUGCUUAGAAAAGACUGAAAACAAUCUCUUCCCGCACUUUUCUCUUGUCAGAUUAUGGGGUGUCUGUGUCGCAGUGUAACUUUCUGAAACCGACGAUCUGACAUUCAUGCCAUGGUUUUAUCUUUUGUUUCAUCUGAGUAACUUUUAAGGUGCUGUUGUCAGCUACAUGGCUACAAUAAACAGAAGAAGCUAGAAACAAAACAAAAAAAAAAAACCUUGAUAACAAACAAACAAAGCUUUGUCCAUAUAUGAGACAAAAAUCUUGGGCCUGUAAUUAUACUUUCAUGGCAGCUGAUAUCAGCGAUGUGUUGUGCUGCCUGGAGAUGAGGAAAUUGAAAACAUUUAGUUUUAUGGUGCAUGUGAGCCGCUUGUAGAUGCUAAACAGUGUUUAAACCCUACUUUCUCCUGGUCUGAACCCACUUCUGCUUUUAUUAUUUGCUUCUCAAUUUUAAGUGACGCUUUUCAUCUGAAUAACCUCAUGCAACACUGGAGAUGCCGUCGAAACAUGCGCGUCCAUAUUCCCAUCUAUAUCAGCCUAUUUGCUGCUGGGAUUAAUCCAUCUUUCCCUGUUGGUUAUUUAAAAAAAAAA